CUCUCCUCCGUCUGUGCUCUCUCGAGUUCUCCCCCCUCAUUCCUCACAUCUCGCCACCGCACGCACCUGAAAGGGCGGAAGGGGAGGCGGAGUUCUCAAAUCCAGCGGCGAGAUUGCCGGCGGCGACCGCCUGGAGUCGUUGUUCCUCGUCGGCAUCGUAGCACAUGCACGAGAUGCGGGUGCCUGUGCAUGUGCGGGUGUAUAGGUACACAUUUACGGACAUAUUGUACGCAUAUUUUGGCUCCGGGCCAGGCAGCACGGGAUGCAAGCAGGGAGCAUCGAUUAGAGACCAAAAUGGAUGGAGAAGGAGAUGUGCCUGACAACAAAACAGAGGGUUUUGUAAAUCUGAUCUCACGACGGAACUCAAAAAGGGCUGCUAAGCGGCAGCCGCGUGGCGAUGAUAAGGACGGGGAUGAAGAGGGUGACGAUGGUGGCGAAAGAUUCCUCUUAGUAAAACUGCAGAGAAGAAAGGUGCCCGUGGAGGCAGUAUCCAAAGGGGUAGAUGCCACAUCUUCUGCAGCAGCCGCUGAGGUUUAUUUUUCAAGGAGCCGACGUAGAUUCUGCACAUAAUUUGAUGCUACAAUUCUUAUACACUGCUAUUUGGACGAAGAAAGAAGAUUCAGAUGGCAGAAAAUAGUUUUCAUCUUUUUCUGUUUUUCUUUAGUAUAUUGAACAUAUUUUCCCUACUGCAUUUUCUGUGUGACAAGACUAUGUAUGCUUGAUGUUACUAUGUUUUGUACUUUAUUAGUCUACUUUGUUUUUGUUGCACACAUUGCAGUAAAAGUUGGCCUGGAUCCAUGUGUGGUUGCACAAAUAUC